GCUUUCCCAUGAUUCCUUUCCCAGUUUUUCCCUCAACCAUAGGGGUUUCCUUUAGCCCACCGGUGCCUGUUACAACAUUCGUCUUUAACCGUGUGUCCCUCUGUCUGGAGUUGUUUCGGGGGAGCUUUUUGUAUGCGGUGAGACCAUAAAGCUGGAGGCCGUUUUCUUUUCUUUGCAUUAAAUCGUGGGUUUUUAUCAGGAUGUCCUACUCUCCUCCGAUCAACCGCCCACCGAUUGGCAUCCCUCAGCUACCCCCUGGGAUCCCCCCUCCUCAGUAUGCAGGCUUUGCUCCUCCGGUUCCUCCAGGGACUCCCAUGAUUCCAGUUCACAUGGGUGUAAUGACCCCUGGACCCACAGUUCUGGUUCCGACCGCAGUUACUGUUUCACAAAAGCCGGUGACAACGAAGAGGGACCCUGUCCUCAUCAGAGCCAAGGACGCAGACGAGAGCGUGGGCCCCACCACCACGGUGUUUGUGGGGAACAUCUCUGAAAAAGCGUCGGACAUGUUGGUCAGGCAGCUUCUAGCCAAAUGUGGAAUUGUUCUGAGCUGGAAAAGAGUCCAAGGUGCCUCUGGGAAACUUCAAGCGUUUGGAUUCUGUGAAUAUAAGGAGCCUGAAUCCACGCUCCGAGCUCUGCGACUUCUGCACGAGCUGCUCUUAGGGGACAAGAAGCUGUUGGUCAAGGUCGACGCUAAGACCAAGGCCCAGCUGGAUGAGUGGAAGGCCAAGAAGAGGAGUGCCAAUGGGGGAACCACAGACGGGUCAAAAAACGAAGAGGAAGACGAGGAGGUUCUUGACGAAGAGACUCUGCGUCGGGACCAGGUUGUGAAAGGGGCGAUAGACGUCCUCAUCCGAGAGUACUCCAGCGAGCUCAACGCCCCCUCACAAGACUCUGACGGUCAGCCUCGCAACAAAAAGCGCAGAGAGAAGAAAGAGGAGGAUAUCAAUGCAAUGGAGUUGGAGGAUGACAAGAGAGACCUUAUAUCCAGAGAGAUCAGCAAAUUCAGAGACACACACAAGAAACUGGAAGAGGAAAAAGGAAAGAAAGACAAGGAGCGACUGGAGCUGGAGAGGGAAAGGAGGGAGAGGGACAAGGAGCGAGAGCGCGAGAGGGAGCGGCGCGACCGCGAGAAAGAAAAGGAGAGGGAGAGGGAGCGAGAACGGGACAAGGAGCGGGAGCGCGAAAGAGAGAGGGAUCGAGAACGCGAGAGGACGAAGGAGCGGGAGCGGGAGAGGAGUCGAGACAUCAGUGAAGCUCGCAGUAGGUCCAGGGAGAGAGCUAGAGAAGAGAAGAAACGAGACCGCGAAGAAGAUGAGGAAGACGUGUACGAGCGGCGGAGACUGGAGAGGAGGCUGAGAGACAAGGAGGCUGCUUACCAAGAACGGCUCAAAAACUGGGAGAUCCGAGAGAGGAAGAAGGCUCGAGAAUACAACAAAGAAAACGAGAGGGAAGAUGAGAGGCGGCGUGAAAUGAUGAAAGAAGCCAAAAGACUGAAAGAGUUCCUUGAGGAUUAUGACGAUGACCGGGACGAUCCAAAGUACUACAGAGGCAGUGCUUUGCAAAAGCGACUCCGCGACCGUGAAAAGGAAAUAGAGAUGGACGAGCGCGAUCGAAAGAGGGAAAAGGAGGAGCUGGAAGAGAUCAGACAGAGGCUUCUUGCUGAGGGUCACCCUGACCCAGAUGCUGAGCUGCAGAGGAUGGAGGAGGAAGCAGAGCGCAGGCGACAGCCGCCUCUGAACCUUGAACCCGAAGAGGAUGUAAGUCAGGAAAAAACUCACCGCGAACAGGAGCAGAGUCGUGAACGGGACCGCCAUCACGAAAGAGACCGCCAUCACGAAAGAGACCGCCAUCACGAACGGGACCGCCACCACGAACGUGAACGAGAACGGGAACGUGAACGAGAACGUGAGCGGGAGAAGAGAGGGUCUGAGAGACCCGUUGAGCCAAAGUCCCACAGCCCCCAGCAUCAUUCAGAUGAUGAUGAUGAUGUUGAUGACGGUGAUAACAUUAAUGAAAGGCACGAUGAUGACUAUCAUGAUGGUGAAAACUCCCAAGAAGCUAAGCCUCAGCUGAAGCCCGUCAUGAGACCGAUCACCAUUGCCCCAUCAGUUUCUGCUUCUAGUGGGAAUGUGACUCCAAACACCCCUGGGAAUGAAUCCCCCUGUGGGAUAAUCAUUCCAGGGGAGAACACCCCCGACCUCCAGCCUUUAGAAGAAAACCGACCCAAGAUCGGUCUCAGUCUCAAACUGGGUGCGACCAACAGUCCCAGUCAGCUCAAUCCUGGAAAGCGGAAGAAGCUUGCAGCAGUGGACAGUGUCUUCAACAAAUUUGAUGACGAGGAAGCAGAUGAGCAGCCUCGCAAACGAAAACUGGUUCCUCUGGACUACGGCGAUGACGAUAAGAGUCUGGGACUCGACGGAGCGGAAAUUUCCACAGCCAAAGGUGGCAGCGUUAACACAGAGGAGAAACGAAAGAACAUAAAGAGCCUUAUUGAGAAGAUUCCCACCUCCAGGCCUGAACUUUUCUCUUACCCUUUGGAUUGGGCUAUGGUCGAUUCGACUCUGAUGGAUCGCCGAAUUAGACCGUGGAUUAAUAAGAAGAUUAUUGAAUACAUUGGGGAGGAGGAACCCACUCUGGUUGAUUUUGUCUGCUCCAAGAUAAUGGCACACAGCACUCCCCAGGGGAUUCUUGAUGAUGUGGCUAUGGUUCUUGAUGAAGAAGCAGAAGUCUUCAUAGUAAAAAUGUGGAGGUUACUGAUAUAUGAAACAGAAGCCAAGAAGAUCGGACUGGUGAAGUAAAGGCUAUCAUUUCUGAGCUUUCAAUCUGGCUAGCUACAGUCUUCUGGUCCACCAGACUGUAAAUAUGUGCCCAUACACCUCUCCAUUCCACCUGCAAGGAGCUGCUACCUUGUAUGUAUGUAUGUAUGUAUGUCUGUGUGUGUGUUUGUGUGAUAAGGUUCGAGUUUGUGAACAGAAAGAAUUUGCUCAAACCCCAAGCAUGGUAAAAAAACUUUUUUUUUUUUUUCAUUUUGUUGCCAUUGUUAGAGAAAAGGGCAGUUGCAUUUCACUGUCUACUCUUCAGGUUGUUGAGCAUUGUACAUACUGCUUUGAUUUGCUGGUGUUCUGUGAAAGCUCUGCCCCUACACAUGACCUAAUAAACAGGAUUUUUAAAAAACAAAAGUUUAAAAGUGUGGUGUUGGAGUCUGUUUUUGGUUUUACGUAUUUUGUACCUGAAAAGCAAACACAUUUUGUGAAGGAAUAUCUGCUUGUGUUUUGGUUUCUCCACUUUAAUAAGGUCAUUUGCCUG